AUGAGCGACUUCGGAGAUGAGCAGGGGACCAGCUCGUCUUCGGACGAAGACGAUGUUCUUUUUGCUGCGGGUGCUGCGCUGCUAUUUGGACCAAAUGCAGAACCAUACGGAGGUCCACUCCAGAAGGUGCCAUGCAGGACGUCUGCGCUGUCAGGACGACACUGGGUUGAGGAAGUGCUGUCAGGCCACCAUACCCGGAUCAUGGAUGCAACAAGGCUAAACGUUGAUUCUUUCAUGAGGUUAUGCCAGCUUUUGGCCGAAUGCGGAUUUGUUCCCCAAAAUCAUCAGAAAAGGGUUACAAUAGAGGAGGCACUUGCGAUGACAUUGGUCAUGAUGAGCCACAACAUGAGAAUGCGUAUGAUUGCUGAUCGAUUUAACCAUUCGACGGAGACAGACUGCGUCGGAGCUAUUGAUGGGACACAUAUACCUGCUUGUGCCCCAAGAGGACAACAAGUGGCAUACACUAAUCGACACGGUGUACAGUCACAAAAUGUUUUGGCUGUGUGCGACCAUGAUAUGCGAUUUGUGUACGUGUAUGCCGGUUGGGAAGGAAGUGCACAUGAUGCCCGAGUCUUAGAUGGGGCUUUGACCGGCCCAAAUCACUUCCCCAUGCCUCCUACAGGAAAAUAUUAUUUGGUUGACUCCGCGUAUCGAAACUUGCCCGGUUUCUUACCACCAUAUAGGGGACGCCAAGCUGAUGUUAGUGGUCGCAGGAGGGGGAGAUUUGCAACUGCGAAAGAGCUGUUUAAUUACCGGCACUCUGCACUACGGAAUGUCAUAGAGCGAAGUUUCGGUGUCCUAAAAAGGAGAUUUGCCAUUUUAAGGGGAGCCGUUCCGAACUACAUGAUGACAACACAGAUAAAUGUAGUUAUUGCUUGUUGUGCCGUGCAUAACUUCAUUAGGGAUCAACAACCGAAUGACAUGUACUUUGCUGACGCGGAGGAGGGAGAUCUAGAUAUUCAUGGUGCAAUUCCUCCUUAUCCCGAGAUACAGCCAUUGCAUUCUCCGCCUGAAGUUGUUGAGCAAUGGAUUGGCAUGAGAGACACACUGGCUACGCAUAUGUUCAAUGCCUAUAGAAAUAGGCGAUAA